AUGUAUUUCCAAGUUUAUUGUUUCUAUCUAUCUAUCUAUCUAUCUAUCUGCUGUUCAUAUGUAUCUGUCUAUAGGAUGUUCAUAUCUAUCUAUCUAUCUAUCUAUCUAAUCAGAUGUUCAUAUCUAUGUAUCUAUAGGCUGUGGAAUCCAUGCACGAUUCCACAAUAUCUAUCAAUAUAUCUGUUAAUAUCUAUCUAUCUAUCUAUCUAUCUAUCUAUCUAUCUAUACAAUGUUCGUAUCUAUCUAUUUAUCGAUAUAUCUAGGCUGUUCAUAUCUAUCUAUAGGAUGUUCGUAUCUAUCUAUCCAUCUAUCUAUCAGAUAUUCAUAUCUAUCUAUAGGCUGUUCAUAGCUAUCAAUCAAUCUAUAUAUUGGCUGUUCAUAUCUUUCUAUCUAUCUAUCUAUCAGAUAUUCAUAUGCUGUUCCUAUCUAUCUAUCUAUCUAUCUAUACAAUGUUCAUAUCUAUAUCAUAUGAUUUAUGUUUUUGGCAUCUCUAUCUAUCUAUCUAUCUAUCCAAAUGAGAGAAAGAACGGGAUUAAAAUUCCACAACUGCUCUAUCGACACCCAUACAAAACAGAUGAGGAACUAUCUAUCUAUCUAUGA